CAUUAAAUUGGAGACCGCGAUCCCCAUCAUCUUAAGACCUAAUCUACACCGCCUAUACUCCUUUAAUCAACGGUUGAGAUCACUUAGAACCGAUGACGCGGAUCGAAAUCUCAGCCGCAAUUAAGCAAUCAAAAUCCAACGGCUGAAGAUUACUCACGGCAUCUAUUUAAAAGCUCACCGUUUUCAACUCAGCCAUCACCACCUCAGCGAUCGAAGAGGAUCCAAAAUUCAAAUCUACUUCGCAGCUGAAAAUGUCGGGGCGGGGCAAGGGCGGCAAGGGUUUGGGGAAGGGCGGAGCGAAGCGCCACCGCAAGGUCCUCCGCGACAACAUCCAGGGUAUCACGAAGCCGGCCAUCCGCCGUCUGGCUCGCCGUGGCGGCGUCAAGCGGAUCAGCGGGCUGAUCUACGAGGAGACGCGCGGGGUGCUGAAGAUCUUCCUCGAGAACGUCAUCCGUGACGCCGUCACCUACACUGAGCACGCUCGCCGCAAGACGGUCACGGCGAUGGACGUGGUCUAUGCCCUCAAGAGGCAGGGGCGCACCCUCUACGGUUUCGGCGGUUGAUGACGUGUCUAGGGUUAGGGGUUUCUGUAAAUUUUUGUUGUAGUUUCCUUAUGAAUGAUGAAAUUCGAUGUAUGGAGAAUGAUUUCCCCUCAAUGAAAUGGUAUUAUCUAAAAAUUUAGCA